AGCGCUUAGAGCUUUAAGGUAAGCGCUAUAUAAAAAUGCCUAAAUAAAUAAAUAAUGACAAUUUGUAUCUAAAGUCUAAUCUAAUGCCAAUGCGUGAUUUAAUCAGCCUGAUUGUAAUCGCAAGACCUGACAAGAUCAAGUUCAUUAAUUAAUGGAGAUGAACUACUGAUAAUGAUACUGAGAUGGACCUCCUACUAUAUAUUAAAGGCAUACUUAGAGAACAGGUCUUUUCAGUGAUUUGUUUGGUUGAUCGCAAGUUAGCGUACUGCCUUUGUUGCUGCCAUCCGAGUGACUGCAACAAAAAUGAAAGCAAUAAUCAUCUUCUGUGGCAUUCUAGCAAUUAUUGCUAGUGUUAUUUCCAGCUCCAAUGCAGCACUGCGAAGGUAUUAUUAUUAUAUUUCUUGUUUAAUAAUUUAUAUAAUUAAUGAGCACAGCAGAUAGCUUUACUAGGUACUUAUUUAAAGUUAUUUACUAUUAUUACUAUUACCGGGUACCAGGACUUAGGAGAUUUUUUAGAUUCAAGCAAAGGAAAUACUGAUUCAAUUAAAAUUUGGCACUCACAUUAUUGCUGAUAUGAAAUCGUCUGCAGUGGAAUCAACACUAGAUUUGUUACAUGUCGAGCAGUUUAGUUUUGAAGUGUUGUAUUUAGAUACUUUAAGAAUUGAGAGGCUACAGAUAGAUUUUUUAAUAAUUUUAGAAAUGAAAAGCCAUACUGGGGAAGAAGUGACAAAUCAGGUUUUCAACUGCUUUUGAGCAGAUUGUAAGUCCUAUGAUAAUGCUGCUAACAAUGCCUGGGUGUGACGAGGGGAUUCAGCAAAAAAAUUAUUGAAACAAACCAAUUUGCUAUGUAUGUACCCUGUUCAGCCCAUUCACUAAAUCUAAUAGGCCAGAGUGCUGUUGACUGCUGCAAAGAGGCAGUUAAUUUAUUCUUGAUAGUGUAGUUGAGUUGCUGUAUUGCUUUUUUCCAACAUCAACCAGCUAAUGGCAAAUCUUUAAAAAUUGUCUGGGAGGCUGAUACUAAAGUAGUUUAAAAUCUCUCUCUGACGCUGCAGCAAAUAUUGAAGUGUUAUUCUAAACAUUUAGAGGCAAAUCAUUGUAUGGCUUACGACUAAUCACAAAGGGAGAUAUUAGAAGAGAAGCAAAUAAUAGAGUCAGUAAAAUGCAAGAAUUCGAAUUUGUCUUAAUGUUGAAUAUUUGGAAUGAGAUUUAAUUUUGUUUCUUCUUAAAGUAAGCCAAAUUCUACAGAAUGAGGAUAUAACAAAAAAAACAUGUGUAGAUCUCUAUGAAUCAUUAGGUGAUCAACUGUAUAUGUUGAUGUGUCUUAGUGUCUUAUUUUAUUUUACUUUCUAAUGAUGAAUGGGAUGACCUUGUAAUUGUGCUCCUCAUGAUUUUUUUUCUUUAUGUGUCACAUUAUAGAAUUAAGCUUCACAAAGUGAAAACAGCAAGAAGGACUCUCCAAGAACAUCAGAAUAAUGUUUAUCAUCUCCUUCAGAAGUACAAGGCACUGCAAAUUAAUGGCCGAUUUGACGGGCCACACUAUGAACCUUUAAACAACUAUUUAGAUGUAAGCCCUGAUAGUAAACUUUUAGAUGAAUGAAUAAUUAACAAAUGUCCUUAUUUAUGAUAUAGGUGACAUCUAGCUCACAACCAGUGGGUAGUGAGUCGGAUUGCCUCCAUAUUUGCCCAUGGAAUUCCUCAAUGACUGCCAAAUCUAUUGAAUAUUGCUAUGCUAUAAUGAUCUUGUCAGCACAAGGCAGUUUUUCUAAAAAAAAAAAAACGUCAGCCAACUUGGCCUGUAAUUCAGAAUCAGAAUUUAAAUCUAUCCAAACACUAAGGGAAAAAAAAUAGGGGUCUUGAAAAAAAAAUUACUAGGGACCAUCCAAAGAAGAUGUGGUGCAUUUUGUGGGGUGGGGUGAUACAAGAAUUUUAUAAGGGUGUGUAACUUAAAUUUGAUUUGUGGGCUGGGGGGGUUCUCAAAAUUAGGCAGAAGGGCGUGAUGUCAUUUAUGGAUGGCCCUCAAAUCACUCUUCCUCUUUUUUGGUUCUUAAAAAGCAAUAUCUCAGUUUUUUAAUAAAAAAAAAAUACUCUGCUAGAGUCAAUGAUAGUCAGUAAGACUAAGGCUCUAAUGCUAAAUCUGUUUGUGACAGAAUCAGUAAGACUACAGCCCUAAUGCCUAAUGCUAAAUCUAUUUUGAUGGGUUUUUUAAAAAUAUUUAUUUCCACACCAAAACCUUUGACAUUUUUAAAUAUUUGAAAAAAUUAAACAUAUUGUCAUUCAACAGUUUUAAAUUGCCUACCGUAUAGCAAUUUAUAAUUUAUUUUGUAGUGACCACCAAAGUUUGCCCUGUAAACACAUGGGUUACCAGUAUUGGUACUGUGUCCAGUUGACAUCCAUAAUCUUCAUUUUGAAACAAAUCAAGAUUAAGAGAAAAUAAAAAGGAUUUCUAUAAAAAGGAUUUUAUAAUGUACAUUUAAGUUAUACUAAUGAACGUUGCAGUCCCAGUACUAUGGUGUCAUUGGUCUUGGCAGUCCUGAACAGUCUUUCAAGGUUGUAUUUGACACUGGUUCAUCUAACUUGUGGGUACCCUCCAAGAAAUGCAAGUGGACAGAUGUAGCAUGCUGUGAGUAAACACCAUAGCUAAACGUUUCAAAAGUGGCCUGAUUUCUCAGUAUGCUACAAGUUGGGUUAGCUUUGAGACUUGCAAUGACUGGAAAUAAAACACUGGAAAAAAAUGUAGGCAUGAGUUCAUAUAUUUGUUGAAAAAUAGUUACUUUAUUUUUUUGACAAUAACUUUUACAAGUAUGCUUUAACUGUAAUGUGUUUUAUUUUUUACUAUUGCUUAAUCUUUAAUAUGCCGCAGUUAACUAUGAUUCAGAUAUUUAGGUUUAUUUAUUUAUUGAAGUAAAAAAAAAUUAUAUUAUUACAAUUUUUUUGUUCAUUCAUGAACAGUACUUCACAACAAAUAUGAUAGCACAAUAUCAAAUACAUACAAGGCCAAUGGAACUAGCUUUGCUAUCGAAUAUGGCAACGGAAGUGUUACUGGAUUUCUUAGCACAGAUGUUCUAACAGUAAGUUUUAAUGAGGUUUCAUGGAAAAUUAAAUUAUUUACCGCAGUGUACAUUUUGUUCUUUUAUGCGGUCUUGAAAAUGUUCUGGAGGCCAUGAUCUCUAUAGGGAUGUACUCAGCUGUCUUUUUAAAAAAUCAGCUCAUUUAUCUAAUUAUAGAUUCCAUGAUCUGUCAAUGUGGGUGUGCCUUAUGCUAUAAAUGUUAAUUAGAAAAAUAUUUCAUGCAAACUUAAGAUCUAAGAUAAGAGAGGUAAUGUCAAACUAGGGAUGGAGUGUAGUGUGGAAGAGUUAACUAUCUGCCUUGUUAGUCACUUGACUUUUGAUAAAAGAGAGAAAACCUUAGUGUGGAUGCCAACAGAAAUAAAAAAAUACCAUAAUCAUAAUGAAAUUCUUAUCAUCUUAGCCUAAACAUUUUUUGAAUGUUUUUUUAAAAAAAACCCCCACAAAUCCUAUAUAAAAAUUGAAGAGACUUUAACGAGCCAUAGUUUAAUUUUGCAUGAAAUUUUGAUAAUUUACUGUAUUUUUGCAUAUUUAAGAUGUGUCUAAUACAAAGUUUUACAUACCCCGCACCCAGGGUGUGUCUGAUAUAUGGAUGCAUCUUAUUUAAAAUACUUUUAUGCAAAUCGCAAAACCCACACCUUUUAUAUGGGUGUAUCAGAAGAGAUCUACAAUUAUAAAUUGAUAGAGACAUCAUUAUGAAACAUGCAAAAACCUCUUUAUUCUUACAGAUUUCUGGACUUAAAAUUCAAAAUCAGACAUUUGCUGAAGCUGUUACCCAGCCAGGCAUCACUUUUGUUGCUGCCAAGUUUGAUGGCAUUUUGGGUCUAGGCUAUGACACCAUAUCUGUUGACAGAGUUGUUCCCCCUUUCUACAACAUGAUCCAGCAGAAGUUGGUAGACUCUCCCGUGUUCUCAUUUUUCUUAAACAGGUUUGGUUUAUUUUGAAAAUAGAAAUUAAUUUCAUUUACUUCAUUCAUGGUACUAAACGUAAGGGAAAUAAAUAUAUUUUGCUGUAUAACCCAAAAAAAUAUAGAUGAAUAGUAAACUUUAAUCAUUAAUAUGUUUGUGGAGAGAAUUAAUGAAGUAAGACGUAGUGUAUUAAAAUGACUCCCUUAUGAGCAACAAAAAGAUUGUUUAGAUCCACAUUAAUAUAAUUUUUUUUUAAUGUAGUGAUUUUAAUAUACUUAAAAAUCUAUUUGUUUUCAACUAAAAAUCUUGUGUUAUUUAUUUCUUAUACUGUACAGUUUUGCUAGUUUGCUUAUGCUCUGCAUGGAUUGGCUAGUUAAUGAUUUAAAAUCUAUUACCUGUAGAUGGAACUUUUUAUUUUCUUUAGGAAUGCCACAGCUUCUGAAGGUGGAGAAAUAGUAUUUGGUGGGAGUGACCCAAAAUUGUAUGAAGGAAACUUCACAUACGUUCCAGUGACACAGAAAGGCUUCUGGGAAUUCCAAAUGGAUGGGUAAUUGUAACAGAUAAUUUAUCCGCACCAUGUAAUUUUUACAAAGUUGUUUUAUUUGACCAAAGGUUCAUUGGACUACAUCAUCUAAAACUUAUUUUUUAAUUAAGUUAAUUAAAAAAAAAAGUUUGAAUAUCUAUCUAGUUUAGGAUUAACUUUUGACAUGUUUGAAAUGAUAAAUGAAACAAAAUUAUUUUGUCUUAGUAGUAAAAUGAUGUACAAAUCCCUCAGCAUGAUGGCCAGUCUUGCCUGAUUUACUUAAUAAUAAAAAAAAACUGAUCAUCUUUCUUUUGUUGUUUAAUUCAUUAAAGCAGAUGCUGAACUUUCACUUGAAAUUAAAAAAACCAUAAUGUAUGGUUCCAGAUUGUCAGUUGCAUCCACAAGCUAUUGUAAUGGUGGCUGCAAGGCUAUCGCUGACACAGGCACCUCUUUGUUGGCCGGACCAAGCAGUGAGAUUGAAAAACUUAAUGCACAAAUUGGUGCCAAGUUUAUUGAAGGACUGGUAUUUAAAUGAUAAAGUAUCAUUUGGCUAUUAAUAUUAAUAGUAUUAGUAGGUUAUUUAAGUUACACAUAUGUUGCAUUCUGUACUUUGAGAAAACUUACAUCAAAAAAUUUAAGUGAUUUUUCUAGGGUAUUUUUAUGGUACUUUAACAUUAAGUCUGAAUCGAUAUCUCAAAAUUCUUUAAAUGUGUCUGUUUCUUUUAGUACUUUGUUGAGUGUGCCAAUAUCCCAAAGUUGCCUAAUGUGACCAUUACUAUUGGAGGCAAAGACUUUGUUUUGACACCCCAGGAGUAUGUACUUGCUGUAAGUAUCUUAAAUGGUGUUCGUUUUUUUAAAUUUCUCUUUUCAAUUGGGGAUAUAUUUUACAAAAUUUUACAUUCUCAGUUGGCAUUGUUAUCUGAGCUUAAUAUUUGUAGUGACCAAAGUACUCUAUUGUGCUAACAAUUUUUCGUUUAAAAUAACAGGAAACCACAAUGGAUCAGUCUGAGUGCAUCAGUGGCUUCAUGGGAUUCGAUGUACCUUCUCCAAUGGGACCACUUUGGAUUUUAGGAGACGUCUUCAUUGGCCCAUACUACACCGAGUUUGACAUGGGCAACAAUCGUUUGGGAUUUGCACGAACCAAGGGCUCUAAUGGAGGUUCUCAAGAAAGUUUGCAAUAUGACACAAGGAAGAAUAUGAAGAGUGUCUUAAUGAUGUCGAUGGAAAGGGACUAUUAAAGCAACAAUCUCACCAAUAAACCAUUUGUAUAAAAGUACAGAUAUCAGCAAUUUAGCUUAAGCUUUUUCAUAUUACUAAACAUCAGCCUUAUGAUGCUUUCAGGUUUAUUAUGUUUUCUUUGAGACCUAAUUAUUAACACAAACUAAAUAUUGUUGAAAAUUGUCUUACUGAAUUAAAAUAUUCAAAUUAAAUGGAUUUAUCUAUAUUUCCAAUUCAAAUUGUUCUUUUUUAAUAGAAUAGUGCCUUUGUGGAAUGAGACAGCCAUAAAUAAAUCAUUUGCAUACUCUAUUGUAGUUUUUAACUUUUGAAUUAACAAAAGAUAUAUUUUCAAAAAUUGGUGAUUGUUUUUUUUUUAAAUAGUGUUUUUUUAUAAUAAAAUAAUUAUGCAAGUUCUGUCUAUGGGGUCAUCCAUAAAAGACGUCCAC